CAGUUCUCUAUCUCAGUUCUCAGUCUUUUUUUUUUCGCCCCCCCCCUUUCGCUUCAUUGACCCAUUUUGACCAACAAAUGCAGGCUGCGUUUGCUCAGUUGUCGCAGGGUGCAUCGUUCAGCCGACGCGAUCGUGCCAAGCUGGCCGACGACGCCCGCCCAAUGCAGGCGCAGCAGGGUCGCUCGGUGCCGCUGAACGCGGGCGGGCUCGGCGCGCACAUCCCAGCCAAGCUCGACUUUUUCGCCUCUGCCCCGACUCCGGCUUCUGCCUCGACUGCGACUUCUGCUUCCGUGUCGCGGGGCUCCAAGCGAGCGGCCGAGAGCGAUGGCGACGACGACGACGAUGAUGAUCAGGAUGACACACGAGGUCGCAAGAAAUCCGUCGCUGCUGCAGCGUCCAAGAAGCCGCGACACCAGACUGAGGACCUCGACGACGACGACGAGGGCGAGGCAGAUGGCGCCAAUGGUGCUGCUGGAUUGAACAAGAAGAAGGCUGCCAAGCAGGCUUCCAAGGCGAAGGAUCGUCGAGGCAAAGGCACUUCUGCUGAUGAUGAGGACGAGCAGCAAGUCCAUCUCUUUGCUCAGAGCAAAGCCCAGGCUGUCAAAUCCAAGGCCGCGAAGGCCAAGGCGGGGAAGAGUGCUGCCGAUGCAGAGCAGCAGGAAGCUCAGGACGAUGCAGAGGCAGAGCGUCGUCGCGAAAUCAACCGUCACCAGCAGGAAGUUGCGGUAUUUCGAAAGCAGCUCGGCAUUCACAUUCAUGGCGCAGAAGCUCCGGAGCCGAUGCGCACGUUCGAUGCCACAAAUCCUCGUACCAACAAGCCCUACUUUUCCAAGACUGUUCAGCGCAACGUUGCCGCACUCGGAUUCACCGAGCCAACGCCGAUUCAAAUGCAAACAAUGCCUGUGCUUUUGCAACGCACAGAACUGCUCGCACAUGCGCCCACCGGCUCUGGCAAGACGGCUGCCUUUGCGCUCCCCAUCAUCGAGGCGCUCGACCGUCACGUCUCUGGCGGCGGCGUCCGCGCGCUGAUCAUUUCGCCGACGCGCGAGCUUGCACAGCAAAUCCAUCGCGAAUUCAGCCGCUUGGCCGAAGGUCGUGGGCUGAAAAUCUCCCUGCUCACCAAGUCUGUGGCUGCUGGUGCGCAGCUUCCGACACGUGGCAUUGUGGCUGACGAUGACUCCAGCGAUGACGAAGAAGAUGAGGAAGAUGAAGAUGAGGAAGAUGAGGAUGAGGACGACGACGAAGACGCCCUCAGCGACGAUGAUGUGCCAACAACCAAACACAAGGCUCUCAAGAGUGCCCAGAAAUCCAAAGGCAAGGCCCCAAUGGCAGUCACCAAGUCCAAAAAAGCACCGCAAAUGGAGGUGGCAGACGAGCAACCCGCGGUCAAGCCCCGCGUCGCCACCCCCGAUUUCGACGUUCUCGUUACAACCCCGAUGCGACUCGUCAACAUUUUGCGGCAGGUCGAGUUGUCGCUGGCCUCGGUCGAGUGGCUGAUUUGCGACGAGGCCGAUAACCUUUUCGGCAUGGGCUUCCUUGAGCAGGUGGAUGAGAUUCUUGCUGCCUGCUCCAACCCGAACAUUACCCGAGCGCUGUUUUCAGCGACCAUGCCAUCCGGCGUUGAAGAGGUGGCCCGAACUCUACUCAACCAGCCAUUGCGUGUUGGCAUUGGUGCCGGAAACAUGGCCACGGAGAAUGUCAAGCAACAGCUCUUGUUUGUUGGGCGAGAGGAAGGCAAGAUUCUUGCCAUUCAGCAAAUGAUCCAAAAGGGCGUUCGGCCACCGAUUCUGGUCUUUGUGCAAUCGGUCGAUCGCGCGAAACAGCUGCAUCGUGAGAUGCUUUACGAGAAGAUGAAUGUUGAUGUGAUUCAUGCUGAGCGAACAUCGUUGGAGCGCGAAACGGCAAUCAAGAAUUUCCGAACAGGCAAAACGUGGUUUUUGAUUGCUACCGAGCUGCUUGCUCGCGGCAUGGACUUUAAGGGCGUCAAUCUUGUCAUCAACUUUGAUUUUCCUCAAACGGCUGAGAGCUAUAUUCACCGCAUUGGUCGUACUGGUCGUGCCGGUCGUCCCGGUGAAGCAAUCACGUUCUUCACCAAAGAAGACUCAAUCAACCUGCGCACCGUCGUCAACGUCAUGAAAGAGAGCGGCUGCGACGUUCCCGAGUGGAUGCUUUCGCUGCAGAAACCAAAUAAAUCCACGCGCAAGCGACUGGCCAAGAAGCCCAUCCAACGCGAUGACAUUUCUGCCACUUCUGCGUAUGAUCGGGAGCGUCAAGCAAAGCGAAGGCAAUUCAUCGAGCACAGCAAGGCCAAGGGCAAAGGCGCCAACAAGCCCAAAGCAGCCACCAAGUCCCAAUAAUCGAGCGAUUGAAUCUUGCACCACACAUUUUUUUUUUUUUUUGCAAAACAAAAGAAAAAUACUAUGUACUCUGACCAGUUGCAUACCAAUCC